AACACACUCUGGCUGGUUUACUUUUGCUUUGCAUUAAAUGUCUUAAACCACCGAACCAAUUCCUUCAAUCUUUUCUAACCCCACCGUUGGUCUUCAUUAACCAUCUUCUGCCUCUCACUCUUCCGGUAACCCAAAAUGAGCAACCAUGGUUCACUUUCUAUCGAAGGUGGUGGCGCUAAAGAUGACUCGGAUAAACCCAAAAAAGUCCCCAUGUUAAAACUGUUUACAUUUGCAGAUUCGUAUGAUUACUUUCUUAUGUUUUUGGGGUCCUUAGGGGCUUGUGUUCAUGGUGCAUCGGUGCCGGUUUUUUUUAUUUUUUUCGGCAAGUUGAUUAAUAUUAUUGGACUUGCUUAUCUUUUUCCCAAAGAGGCUUCUCAUAAAGUUGCAAAGUAUUCGUUGGAUUUUGUGUAUCUUAGUGUGGUGAUACUCUUUUCUUCUUGGAUUGAGGUGGCUUGUUGGAUGCAUACCGGAGAAAGGCAAGCAGCAAAGAUGAGGAUGGCGUAUUUGAAGUCAAUGUUAAGCCAAGAUAUCAGUCUUUUUGACACUGAAGCUUCAACAGGAGAAGUCAUCUCUGCAAUUACCAGUGAUAUUAUAGUUGUUCAAGAUGCUAUUUCUGAAAAGGUGGGGAACUUCAUGCACUACAUCAGCAGAUUUUUAUCAGGAUUCAUAAUCGGGUUCGUUAGGGUUUGGCAGAUUAGUUUGGUGACUUUGUCAAUUGUACCCGCGAUUGCAAUCGCGGGGGGUGUCUAUGCUUACAUCGCCACUGGCCUCAUCGCUAGAGUCCGAAAAUCAUACGUCAAAGCUGGUGAAAUUGCUGAAGAGGUGAUCGGAAAUGUAAGAACGGUGCAAGCGUUUUCCGGAGAAGAAAGGGCUGUAAAUUCAUACAUUGCGGCGCUUUCAAAUACGUACAAGUAUGGCAGGAAAGCCGGUCUAGCCAAAGGCUUAGGACUCGGCACAUUGCAUUUCGUUCUGUUUCUCUCCUGGUCCUUGCUCGUCUGGUACACGAGUAUAGUCGUCCACAAAAAUAUCGCUAAUGGCGGGGACUCAUUCACCACCAUGCUCAACGUUGUCAUCGCGGGCCUGUCACUUGGGCAGGCUGCACCGGACAUUAGUGCGUUUAUUCGAGCGAAGGCAGCCGCGUACCCCAUUUUUGAAAUGAUAGAGAGGAAAACGGUAACCAAAACGAGUGAGAAAACGGGCCGGACGCUAGCCAAAGUGGAGGGUCAUAUACGGUUUGAUGACGUACGGUUUAGUUACCCAUCUAGACCGGAUGUGAUGAUAUUUGACCAACUCCGCCUCGACAUACCUUCCGGAAAAAUAGUAGCACUUGUUGGUGGAAGUGGUUCAGGAAAGAGUACGGUUAUAUCGUUGAUAGAACGGUUCUACGAGCCACUAUCGGGCCGGAUCUUAUUAGAUUCAAUCGACAUACGUGAACUUGACAUCAAAUGGCUUAGGGAUCAGAUUGGGCUGGUGAAUCAAGAACCCGCGCUUUUCGCCACUACUAUAAGAGAGAAUAUUUUAUACGGGAAAGAUUCGGCUACUUAUGAAGAUAUCACACAUGCCGCAAAGUUAUCCGAGGCUAUUACGUUUAUCAACAAUCUUCCGGAAAGAUUCGAGACGCAAGUUGGCGAACGAGGGAUACAAUUAUCCGGAGGACAAAAGCAACGGAUUGCUAUAUCGCGCGCAAUUGUGAAAAACCCGUCGAUUUUGUUGUUAGACGAAGCCACAAGCGCCCUUGACACGGAAUCCGAAAAGAGCGUGCAAGAGGCGCUUGAUCGUGUGAUGGUGGGACGGACGACAGUGGUUGUCGCCCACCGUCUUUCCACCAUUAGAAAUGCGGAUAUAAUAGCUGUAGUUCAAGGUGGAAGGAUCGUCGAAACGGGGAGCCAUGAUGACCUCAUGGCCCGGCCCGAUAGUGCAUAUUCAUCACUUAUUCAACUUCAAGAAGCCGCUUCGUUGCAUCGCGCCCCGUCUCGUGUCAGUUCCAUGGGGAGACCUUCCAGUAUUAGAUUUUCUCGUGAAUUAUCGCGGACAACCACGAGGAGUCUCGGAGCUAGUUUUCAUUCGGACCGAGAAUCCGUGGGCAAGCUCGGUGUUGAAGGCAUUGAAUACGCCAAGCCACCUCGCGUUUCGUCCAAAAGGUUAUACUCGAUGAUUCGUCCUGACUGGGUUUACGGGUUAACCGGCACCAUUGGUGCGCUCAUUUGUGGGUCAUGUAUGCCUCUUUUUGCCCUUGGGAUUAGCCAAGCCCUUGUUGCUUAUUACAUGGACUGGGAAACGACGCAGCACGAGGUCCGAAAGAUUGCCAUUCUCUUUUGCUUUGGUGCUGGUGUAAGUAUUACUGUUUACGCCAUCACUCAUCUAUCCUUCGGGAUCAUGGCAGAAAGGCUCACUCUUCGUGUUCGUCAAAAGAUGUUUUCAGCUAUUUUAAGAAACGAAAUCGGCUGGUUCGAUGACAUGAACAACACAAGCUCAAUGCUGGCUUCCCGAUUAGAAAGCGAUGCAACGUUACUCAGAACCGUGGUUGUUGACCGAACAACGAUUCUCAUACAGAAUUUUGGCUUAAUCGGCACUUCAUUUAUCAUCGCCUUCAUAUUGAACUGGCGGCUUACACUCAUCGUCAUGGCCAUGUACCCGUUGAUCAUCAGCGGCCACAUAAGCGAGAAAAUGUUCAUGAAAGGGUAUGGUGGUGACUUAAGCAAAGCUUAUCUUAAAGCUAAUAUGCUUGCUGGUGAGGCAGUGAGUAACAUAAGAACCGUUGCGGCAUUUUGUUCCGAAAAUAAAGUGCUCGAUCUUUACUCUCGGGAGCUCGUUGGACCGGCUAAACAGUCGUUUAAUCGCGGCCAGAUUGCGGGGUUAUUCUACGGUGUCUCUCAAUUUUUCAUCUUCUCAUCCUACGGUCUUGCAUUAUGGUAUGGUUCCGUGUUGAUGGAAAGGGGGUUAUCCGGGUUCAAAUCGGUUAUGAAAUCGUUUAUGAUUUUGAUUGUUACCGCAUUAGCAAUGGGCGAAACGCUCGCAAUGGCACCGGAUUUGUUGAAGGGGAACCAGAUGGUUGCAUCGGUUUUCGAGGUUCUUGAUCGGAGAACACAAGUUGUUAGUGAUGUUGGAGAGGAGUUAACUCGAGUUGAGGGGACCAUCGAGCUAAGAGGCGUUACGUUUAGCUACCCUUCGAGACCCGAUAUCAUGAUUUUUAGAGAUUUUGAUUUGAAGGUUCGGGCUGGAAAGACCAUGGCGCUUGUGGGACAAAGUGGCUCGGGGAAGAGCUCGGUUCUCUCGUUAAUUCUUCGGUUCUAUGAUCCAACCUCCGGGAAAGUCAUGAUUGACGGCAAGGACAUUAAGAAACUAAAGCUAAAGUCUCUUCGAAGCCACAUCGGGCUAGUCCAGCAAGAGCCGGCUCUUUUUGCAACAUCGAUUUUCGAAAACAUACUUUACGGAAAAGAAGGAGCUUCCGAAACCGAAGUGAUGGAAGCGGCUAAGCUAGCAAACGCGCAUACGUUCAUUAGCGCCCUCCCAGAGGGCUACUCGACAAAAGUUGGCGAGAGAGGGAUUCAACUUUCGGGUGGACAAAAACAAAGGGUGGCCAUAGCACGAGCCGUGUUAAAAAAUCCCGCAAUUCUUCUACUUGAUGAAGCCACAAGCGCGCUUGAUGUGGAGUCGGAGCGUGUGGUUCAACAGGCUUUGGACCGGUUAAUGAAGAACCGGACGAGCGUGGUGGUUGCGCAUCGGCUAUCGACUAUUAAGAAUGCGGAUGAGAUAUCGGUGAUUCAGAAUGGUAAAAUUGUGGAGAAAGGGACUCAUUCGAGUCUUGUUGAGAACGAAAACGGGGCGUACUCGAAGCUAAUCAACUUACAACAACAUGAACAUCACAGGCGUAAAUAAUAAAAACGGUCAUAGUUUUUUAAACAAAUGUUGGGCCGAUCAAUGUUGUAUGUUGUUUUACACAUGAUUAUAGUUUGUUUAUCACCUUCAUAAUAUGAUUUAAUUAAGUUGUGCUUAAGUCAUUGUUUUUAUUACAAUUUAGAAUUCAAAUUAUGCCAA